GAAAGAAUGGAUGAACCCAGUGCACAACAGGUGUAUAAUCACUCUCAGUUUGAGAACCUGAGAAAGUUUUGGGACUCAGAAGCUAAUUCAAACAGUAAGGACAAUGGUGAGAGGAAUACUACCACAAGCCAAAGAAAUUCUGUGCCUUUUAAUAGCCAGAAACACAAGGAAUUCAUCGACACUAAAUUACCAGGAAAAGAUACCCAUGAAGAUGGAGCACGUCCAAGCCAAAAAAAAGUUAUGGCAAGAGAGGAGGAAAUAGAGAAGUUAAAUUCAAAGUGCAUACCCCAGGUGCUACCAGAUGAAACCAUAUUUCCAUCCAGGCCACCCAGGAAGUCCAUUCAUCAGUUGCCAGGAAAUGAGUCAUCAAAAGAAAACAUGGAAAAGAAUAUGGAAUGGUUUAUUACUCCAUUGUUUAAGGAAGAAAGGGAUUACUCAGGACAAGAGGUUCAAGAAUACAUAGCGAAAACAAGUGUUUUACCUAAAGACUAUAUAGACACUUUUAACAACAGCUUACAGAAGCUGCUUGCAGAAGCUUCCUCACCAGCAAUUCAACCUUCUGGUAGAAAAGUUCAUGGAAAACAAAUGCUCAAACCAGGUAUUUCUGAAGAUAGGACAUGGCCUCAAAAAACAGAUUUUGCUGAUACUGAGGAAGAAGUCAAAGGAUCUAAGAAGAUCAUUAAUGAGCAUGUAGACAAAACAGUAGCUCCUCCAAAGGUUAAACUGAACUCUUUGACUGCUGGUCUAGACAAACUCCUGAAGGAAGCAAGUGGAACUUCACCCUCUCCUUUGCAAACUGAGUUGGAACUCAUUACCACUAGAACCAACUCUGAGCCUGAAGAAAGUAGAGUUUUUGAAAAAGGGGUAGGACAGAGUCACAACAUUUCAGCCUAUCAGAGAGAGAUGACAGCUCCUUUUGUAGAGGGAGAUGAGACUUUGGGAAAUACAACUCUCCCCCAGAAAGCUGAAAGUGGUGAGUGUCAGCUAAACCCGGAGAACUUGCUUCAGAUGGCUGCAGAAGAAUCUCACCCCUUGAAUCAGCCUUCCCAUCUUUGCAUAAAAGGUUCUUCUGGGGAGGUGACCAACCCUCACCAAGAUUUGCUUUUUUCCCAGGAUGCACAUCUUGCACCCCAGAAUAGGACAUUGCCUUCUCUAAGGGAAAUUUCAGAGACUAUAGAAAAAGUCAUUCUCCCUCCAAAACCUGCAUUGAAUGAUGUAAAUGCUGCAUUACUGAAGCUGCGUAGAGAAGCUUGGUUUAGUUAUCCAGCUGGGAGGGAAGUAGGUCCUGGAGAAGUGAAACCAGAAUUUCCUGAAGGAGGACAGGCAGCAGGUAGUCCCCGGGAUCCUCUGGGAGUAGUUCCACCAGGGGCUAGAAUGGACUCCGUGGUUCCAGACAGGAAGGAUUUUUUUUCCUUCAACGUAAUUCCUGAUAAAAGUCUUGAAGCUAGAUCUUAUUUAGCUGCCCAAGCGUCUCCAUCACACCAAACCUUUAACUCAUCUGGUUUCACUGUUGCUCAGUUCAGAAAAGAGCUACCUCAGGAAGUAGUAGAAACUGUGAGGAAAACGAUUAUUCAACCCAAAUCAGAGUUCCUCGAAUUCAGUGCUAACUUAGAAAGACUACUGAAGAAAACUACUGAAACCUCCCCCUCAAAAUAUCAAAGUGAUACAGGGACUCUUUCUCCACCAAAGUUAAUAGGUAGUGUAGAAGAACCCAGGCAAGCUGCUUCUGAAUUCCAUCCUGAGGAAAUAAAAGAAACAGUAGAAAAGGCUGAGGCACCAUCAAAAACUGAGAGUGCUUUUGAUAUUGGUUUUGAGAAGCUUAUUAAAGAAACAUCUGAAGCUCCUUGUCAGCUCCAAGUGUUAGUGAAGGAAGAAACUCCUAAGAAAGAGCCCUCACAGUCAGAGCAGGCCAGGUUCUCAGCGAUAGUGCCCCAUUUUAACUGGGCAGCCUCAGAGGCCUCUGAAGUGAAGGUUAAAAGUAAUGAAUCUCAAGUCAAUCAAUGUGAUAAAGUGUUGAGUGGAGACAAAGCUAUGACUGAUUUACUGGCAGAUCUUCAUGGUUCUGAAAGUGGGUUUGAGACCCCUGGAACCCCACAACUUUAUGUGGAUCAUGAGAUAGGAACCAUUACAACUAUAAAACCCUCAGAGGUCAGGGAUAAUGAAAGUGAGGUUGCAGGGGGACCAGGGGCCUUAAAAAAACCUGACUUUAAAGAAGCUCCCGAAGCAAUUAGUGUGGCCAGACAUAGGCAACCCAUUCCUCUCCUGAUGAACAAAGAAAACCCUACAAAAAUAAGUAAAGUUGAAUUGAUUCUUUCAUCACCAUAUAAGAGACAAGAGAAAGAGGAAGAAAAAGGCGACUUUUCUGACUCUGAUUUUUCAGAUGGAAACACCGGUUCUAAUGCAGAAAGUUGGAGAAAUACCUCCAGUUCAGAAGAAGAACCCAAUCCUGUUUUGAAAACUUUGGAAAGGAGAGCUGCUAGGAAAAUACCUUCCAAAAGUCUAGAAGACAUAUCAUCAGAUUCAUCAAAUCAAGCAAAAGUAGAUAAUCUGCCAGAAGAAUUAGUACGUAGUGCUGAAGAUGAUCAAAAAGCAGAUCAGGAACCAGAUACAAAUGAAUGCGUACCAAGAAUUUCCACAGUGCCUGCACCGCCUGAUAAUCAGUUUUCUCACCCUGACAAACUCAAAAGGAUGAGCAAGUCUGUUCCAGCAUUUCUACAAGAUGAGAGUGAUGACAGAGAAACAGAUACAGCAUCAGAAAGCAGUUACCAGUUCAGCAGACACAAGAAGAGCCCGAGCUCUUUAACCAAUCUUAGCAGCUCCUCUGGCAUGACGUCCUUAUCUUCUGUGAGUGGCAGUGUGAUGAGUGUUUAUAGUGGAGACUUCGGCAAUCUGGAAGUUAAAGGAAAGAUUCUGUUUGCAGUAGAAUAUGUGGAGUCAUUAAAGGAGUUGCAUAUUUUUGUGGCCCAGUGUAAGGACUUAGCAGCAGCAGAUGUUAAAAAACAGUACUCAGACUCAUAUGUCAAGACCUAUUUGUUGCCAGACAAAGGCAAAAGGCACAAGAAGAAAACAUCUGUAGUGAAGAAAACCUUGAAUCCUGUGUACAACGAGAUACUGCGGUAUAAAAUUGAAAAGCAAAACUUAAAGACACAGAAGCUGAACGUGUCCGUUUGGCAUCGAGAUCCAUUUAAGCUCAAUAGUUUCCUAGGGGAGGUGGAACUUGACUUGGAAACAUGGGACUGGGACAACAAACAGAAUAAACAAUUGAGGUGGUACCCUUUGAAGCAGAAGACAGCACCAGUUGCCCUUGAGGCAGAAAACAGAGGUGAAAUGAAGCUAGCUCUCCAGUAUGUUCCAGAGCCAAUCCCUGGUAAAAAACUUCCUACAACUGGAGAAGUGCACAUCUGGGUGAAGGAAUGCCUUGAUCUACCACUGCUGAGGGGAAACCAUCUAAAUUCUUUUGUUAAAUGUACCAUUCUUCCAGAUACAAGUAGGAAAAGCCGCCAGAAGACAAGAGCUGUAGGGAAGACCACCAACCCUAUCUUCAACCACACAAUGGUGUACGAUGGGUUUAGGCCUGAAGAUCUGUCAGAAGCCUGUGUAGAGCUUACUGUCUGGGACCAUUACAAACUAACCAACAAGUUUUUGGGAGGUCUUCGGAUUGGCUUUGGAACAGGUAAAAGCUAUGGGACUGAAGUGGAUUGGAUGGACUCUACGUCAGAGGAAGUUGCUCUCUGGGAAAAGAUGGUAAAUUCCCCCAAUAGCUGGAUUGAAGCGACACUGCCUCUCAGAAUGCUUGUGAUUGCCAAGAUUGCCAAAUGAGCCCAAAGUCCACUGGAUCCUCUACCGAAAACUACUAAACAGCUGGAAUCUGAUCUUGAAAACCUGAUCACAUGGACAAAAAUCCUCAAUUUCUAUAUAUUGCAAAUAAAGAAUAUUACAUAGCAUGUAAAAGUCAACCUGCAUGUGCUUCUUUGAUUACGAGGUCCAAGGCAUUUAAAUAAUGACAAAAUAUGUGACUUACUUAUGACUCUAACAUUAAAGAAGAUAUCUGUGCAGGCCCAGAAAAAUGGAACUGCUGCUGCCGCUUCAACAAAAAAGAUGUCUCAAAAUAUUAAACAUGGGGUAGUGUUAAAGAGUAAAGUAUUCCAGUUUGUCAUCAUGUGUUUCACACCACUAUCCUGUGCUACAGUUAAGAGGGUCUGUCACUUGAGCCUUGCAGGACUUGUAAAUAAUAUAGGUUGAGGAAAAAGUAACAGAAAGAUAUUCUGAAGGGGGAAGGGGGCAUUGAGGCAGAACAUCAGUGAUGAUACAUAAUUGGACCAUAAAAAAACUAUUUGCUCUGUGAUCUCUACUAAAAUGUGAAAUUCCAUGUUAGGGCAAUGAGACAGAACUUACUGGUGUUUUCCUGCCUUGAGAAACUGCUUUCUCUUUUCCCAAGUGUUGAAAUGAAAGCCUCAAAUGUACUUUGGUGCCACCCACUGUCCAUAGGUGGAAUUUAGUCCUUGGUUUGUUUUGACAUUCUUCUGUUAAUAAAAUAGGUUUCAAGCCUGUACUUUGUAAGAGUAUGUAUAAAAAAAACCCUGCGUAUAUAUGAUUGUUUUUCUUAUAACUUUACUAUAUGAACAAAUAUAUGAAAGCAGCAUAAGAGUAGUCAUAAACAUAUUUUGCAACAAAGCUUUAAUUAGAAUGUAAGUUGUUCAGUUAUACUGUACUUCCUAUGUAUGUAUAAUUUUCAUAAAGUAUUUUGUAAAAACUCUUAGAAUAAAUUAUAAUCUGAUUAAAAUUGCAUUGAAAAAUUA